AUGGAGAGGGCUGCUCCAGAUACAGCUGGGGAGGACUCCAUUGUGCACGUGGCAGAAGCAGCAGCCUUGGCAGGCCGCGCUGAAGACGAACGCGGAGUCUUCUUCUGUCUCUUGGAGACUUCCAGAAAAAGACAGAAGAUGGACAUACGAAGUUUGAGUAAUAUGGAACUCAAAGAAGAGUUGCUGAAACAUGGGGUCAAUCCAGGACCUAUUUUACCCAGUACUAGAGGUGUUUAUGAAAAGAAGCUGCAGCAGUUGUUGGAAAUGAAAGUCCAAGAAAAUGGAGAUGCUCAUGAGGAUCAAUAUUCAGACAGUGACGAUGAAGGUGCUCAGUUUAAAGGCCCAGUAGGAUUUGAGGUAAAUGGUGAUGGAGGAGAGGGCGCUGUGUUCAACAACUACAUCCAGACAAAAGAUCUGUCGAAGGAGGGCGUCGCACAGACCACGGGGGAGCUUCUAACCGUAUACACCAAGAUGGCGCCUAUAUCGGCCUAUGACGUCACCUGA